ACUUAGGCUUGGCGAUAGCGCAAGCUCCUGGCGAGAUUUUCAGACGAAAGUGGUCACCGCGAAGCGAUUUGCGCACGCGCGCCGUUGUUCGUCUGACGUUCGAUGGAGUUUAGCCGUCCGAAGUGUUAGAAGGGACGGUUCUUGUCUGCGGAGUCUUGUGGCUUUGAAACUCUCUGCGCUUCCCUCCUUGGUUCUCUGAAUAGGAGUCCUAGACUCAAGCUGAAAAUGCAUGUCCUCUGGAUGGUGCGUCAGGUUUCCCAGACAGGGAUUCCGAUGUGCCUGAAUAUUACCCGACAUCUCAGCAGCACAACUUCCAGGGCUUCUUAUAAGUAUGUGAAUGCAAAGGAGGAGCCAACAGACUGGAAAUCGGUCACUGACAAAGCUGCACAGACUCUCUUGUGGACAGAACUUAUUCGAGGUUUAGCUACGACCAUGAGUUAUGUAUUUCGAGAGCCUGCCACUAUCAACUAUCCUUUUGAGAAAGGCCCAUUGAGUCCCCGAUUCCGUGGAGAGCAUGCCCUGCGCAGAUACCCAUCUGGAGAGGAGCGAUGCAUUGCUUGCAAGCUGUGUGAAGCUGUAUGCCCCGCUCAGGCAAUCACUAUUGAGGCCGAGACUCGAGCUGAUGGUAGCCGCAGGACCACUCGCUACGACAUUGACAUGACCAAAUGUAUCUACUGUGGAUUUUGCCAGGAAGCCUGUCCUGUUGAUGCCAUUGUGGAGGGCCCCAAUUUUGAAUUCUCCACUGAGACACACGAAGAGCUCCUAUACAACAAAGAGAAGCUGCUCAACAAUGGGGACAAGUGGGAAGCUGAGAUUGCUGCUAAUAUCCAAGCUGAUUAUUUAUAUCGAUGAUAGACAAUUUCCCUCAACCUUCACAUAUUUCAUCAGCAUGCUCACCCAAAGUUAAACCUAUAAUAAAAGGGCAUGCACGCA